AUGCCUAGUCGUCGUCGUGAGGGUCAUCCCCUCGCUCUAUUUUAUCUCGUAGCCUACGACAACAACCAGAAUGCCAAAGACGCCCUGGCUCAUUCGGACAACAGGCACCACGUCUGGAUGAGGGAGGAUGGCACUCUCGCGCUUGAUAUCGGCUUCAACAUCCGCUCAAGGUCAAGCGCAAUUCUGGCCACAAUAGGACGCAAUGAUACGGAUAUACGUCUGCACCGUCCCAGCAUCUCGAAGCUCCACUGCUCUUUUGAGAUCGACUUACACACCAACGUCGUUAUGCUACACGACAGAUCGUUCCAUGGCACAACUCAAGUUUACGGUGAAAAUGCCACGCCCUUCGAGCACCAACGCCAGCGUCAGGUUGUUGUACAGGAAGACCUGAACACCGUCAUUGGCAUGGGUGGUGCAAGGCGGAACCUCUACCAGUUUGAGCUGAUAUGGUAUCGUAAGCCUGCAGAGUCGAUGGAGAUGGUCAAGAAUCGACAAGAAAUUUCUCGCGGGUAUGAAGACCCACCCUCCCUCAUUCGGACCGUCUUCGACGAAGGGGACACCGAGCCACCAUCUCGACGAGAGACCAGGCCACACACGGCUGGUCCCCGGCAGAAGAUGAGGUAUGCGACAAUAGGACCUCCACUUGGAUCCGGCCAGUUUGGAACCGUUCACAAAGCCGUCGAUGCAGACACCGGCAAGCUCAUGGCCGUCAAGAUAUUGCGGAGACCGGUGGCAGCAUCUGGACAAGACAACUGGACGCCCUCACAGUACCACGCAUUGAAGCGCGAAGUAGAACAUCUCUCUGAACUUGACCACCCUAAUAUCGUUGACUACAUCACGUCCCAAGGCUGGGACGGGCCAGAAGUGGAGAUAUUCAUGGGCCUAAAGGCAGGGACCUUGAAGUCGCUACUCGAAAGUGGGAACUGUCCUACUGUUGCGGAGUCUGUUUUCCACCACAUACUCCAGGCGCUCGACUGUCUUGCAAUGAAGGAUAUCAUUCAUCGAGACGUGAAGCCAGAGAACAUCCUCUGGGUACUGCUGCCGGACGGCCAACAUCAAUUUCAGCUCGGAGAUUUCGGUCUCUGCAACCGCGCUGUCACCGCGUUUACCACUGUUGGCAGCCCAAUUUUUAUGGCUCCAGAGAUGCUUUGGAAAGGCGAACAGACACACAAGGUAGAUGUAUGGUCGCUUUUCGUCACGAUGUUGUGGACACUAGAUGCAGGAGGGUUCCGACACAUGUCAAGGAAGUUCAAAUCUGUCGGGGAAACUCAGGAGGCCGUCCAGGCGGCAGCCUCCAAUUUGGACGUGGUUUCAAAGAUUCAAGAGAUGGCAGUCGUCAACCCGUUAGAGCGUGCUUCUGCUGCGCAGAUGCUGGUCAAGUGCUUCAAUGGGGCAGGGCUUAGCACCCCCAGGAAUCGGGUUCCGGCUCUCAUCAGCACUCCGGCGGUAGCUGCAGCAGAAAGAUCUCCUUCUCCGGUGUCUUCUUCCUUGGCGGGUCGAUCUGCACCCAAAAAUCUAAGGCGUCCAGAGAAGAAUGCGAAUAUGUGGACGGCUCAGAAACGGAUCGAGAAAGCGCGGUAUCCUCCUCGGGCCCAAUCACCGGGCCUGCGGUCUAUCCGGAUGGGCGAGGGUAAUGCCUCUGGGUGA